AUGAGUACUUAUGAACAUUACCUCUUUUUUAUUCCUUUAAUCAAUAUUCCGCCAACUACAAUCAGACAAGCUUUUUCGCAACCUAAAAUAUUCAAGUCUCUUUCUGGAAAGGUGGCUGAGAUCCGACGGGGCCUAGAUGCUUCGGUCAAUCAUUUGACAUCUGGAUUGGCAGCUGAUUGGACCUGUGGUCUGGCAGAUACGUUACGCAGCAGCAAAAUUCACCAGCUGGCCCAGUUCCUAGUCUCUGAACGGGUCGGAAGAAUACCAAUUUUUCCUCCAGCAGAUCAGGCAAAUCUAUUUUUUUAUUUUUGCCGUUAUAAUACUGACCUCAUUAUCUCUUCUACAUUUAUGCAUGCAUAUUCGCUCAUUUCUUUACUCUGCAUCAAGGUCUUCUCUUGGAGUCAGCUCACACCGAUUGAUUCUGUUCGCGUCGUCCUGCUCGGUCAAGAUCCUUAUCACGGGCCAGGCCAGGCGCAUGGACUUGCCUUCUCAGUGCGCAGACCCAAGCCCAGCCCACCUUCUCUGAUUAACAUGUACAAGGAACUGGUCUCAAGCCUACCUGCUGAUGGUGGGGAUUCAACAAUUUGGCCACCAAAUCAUGGCGACCUAACCAACUGGGCACGACAAGGAGUCCUGCUUCUUAACGCUGUGUUGACUGUACGCAGUGGGCAACCGAACUCACAUCAAAAUAAGGGCUGGGAAGUAUUAACAGACGCUGUGGUCGCUCAUUUGAACAAGAUGCGUUCGUUGUUACCUAUUAGGAAUAAAACUGGCGCAUGUGCACCCACGGUCCAAUCUAUUAUGAUCAGCCUCGCCUGCCUCAGAAACGGACGUAGAUCUAUGGUGGUCAGUUAA